CUUUCCUUCUCCCUCAAACCUCAAAACCCUCUCUAAGCAAAGCAUCUUUCUCUCUCUAUAUCAUCACCAUGCCUUCUUCUUCUCCUCCACUCACACCAACAACAAAUCCUUACUCCUCAAGCUUUCCUCACCACCAUGUCAACAACAACAACAAAUCAGCAAACUUCCUUGGUUCCCCUGCACCUCGAGUCAUCGCAUGUUCCACUAUUACAAUAUUCGGACCGAGUCCAAAUCAAGACUUUGCUGGAUCGAUCCGAAACUAUAGUGGGACAACACGUAACUGUCGGCGGAUGGGUAAAAUCUGCUAAGGAAGUUGCGAAGCCGGCUGCGCCAUAUUCGUUGUCGUUAUCCACGACAACUAAUGACCCAGCCGGACACGGUAAAGGCAAGGAUGUGUCGUGUGUGGAGAUUCUGCAAUCGAAGAUACCGUUGAUAAGGAGCAUAUUAGAUGUGUUCGGAGGAAGCGGUUACGUUCAGCGCAAGAAACGUGAGUCUGUUGUGACUGAGCCCAAUCAUGCAACGGUUUUGCCUCCAAAAGCUUCUGUUGCGUAUUUGCUUCUCACGGAUGGGUCAUGCGUUUCAAGCCUCCAGGUUGUUGUGGAUUCCUCUAUAGCAAGCCCAAACAGGGUUAUGAGUACUGGAACAUGUCUAUUAGUGGAAGGUCAACUAGAACGUGCAUCAGAAGGGAAGCAUGUUAUUGAGCUUAAAGCUGAAAAAGUUCUUCACAUUGGGACAGUUGAUUUUGACAAAUACCCAUUAUCAAAGAAACGAAUUCCAUUAGAUACAUUGAGAGAUUACUCCCACUUUCGCCCUCGAACUACCACGGUGGCAACUGUGAUGCGGAUUCGUAGUGCUCUCUCUUUUGCAACCCACACAUUUUUCAACAAACAUGAAUUUAUUGAUGUGCAAGUACCCACCAUAACUACCAUAGACUCAGAAGGAUUCAGCAACAUGUUCAAGGUUACCACACUGGAUCAGAAUCAGAAAGCAGAGAAGAAGGAGAAACUAGACACCAUUUAUGAGAAUGAAGGUGUUAGUCUUGAACAUGUGAAGGCUGCUGCAAAAGAGAAAAGCAACAUAGUUGAGCAUUUGCAGAGAACUGAGAGCAAUAGAGAAGCACUGGCUGCUGCAGUUCAGGAUCUGAAGAAAACAAAUGACCUGGCAUCACAGUUGGAAGCAAGAGAAAAGAGAAAGUUAGGAACAUCUUUUAAGGAUGAUAAAGUGGACUUUUUCCCUUUCCAAACUUAUUUGACUGUCUCUGGUCGCUUGCAUCUGGAGAGUUAUGCUUGUGCUCUUGGAAAUGUCUACUCUUUUGGACCUAGAUUUCUUGCAGAUAAAGCUGAUUCUGCUAAACUUGCUGCAGAAAUGUGGAUGGUUGAGGUGGAAAUGGCUUUUUCUCACUUAAAGGAUUCCAUGAACUGUGCAAAUGACCUUUUCAAGUACCUCUGCAACUGGGUUCUUGAACAUUGCUCCGAAGAAAUGAACUUUGUUGCAAAAAGAAUUGACACAACCUGUGUCAAUCGUCUUCAGCAGAUUAUAGCAGGUUCUCCUAAAAUGUUGACCUACCAUGAAGCUAUAGAAAUUCUUAAAAAGUCAUCUUCUCAGACUGAAGAUAAGAAAUAUGAAACAAACUUUGAAUCAGGUUUUGUACUCACUUCAGAGCAUACAAGCUUUCUGGCCGAAGCCAUCUUCAAGAAUCCGAUUAUAAUAUACAAUUAUCCAAAAGAGGCUAAGCCAUUUUACGUUCGCCAGAAUGAUGAUGGAACUGUUGCUGCAUUUGAGUUGGUUGUCCCAAAGCUUGGAACAGUAAUUUCUGGUAGCCAAAACGAGGAACGUCUUAACAUGAUAAGCUCCAGGAUUGAUGAAUUAGGGUUGGGAAAAGAGAAGUAUGAAUGGUACCUAGACCUUCGUAUAAAUGGAACAGUGAUGAACUCUGGGUUCACCCUAAGGUUUGAUCUUAUGGUUCUCUUUGCAACUGGGCUUGCAAAUGUUAGGGACGUUAUCCCUUUUCCAAGAAGCUAUGGAAAAGCCAACAACUAAUCAAUAUUUUUGGGCUGAAACUAAGAACAUUGAAGUUGCAUUUAUUGGGAUCAAAAUUCCAAUGUUCAUGCAGAGAGAUGCUUGUGUAACAACAGUUAACAUAUCAGUUGUUUAUUUGUGUGUGCCUGAUGUAUAUAAGGAAUGUGAAAGUAAUCAAAUUUACUCAAGUUCU